AUGGGAGCUUGUUUGUGUAAAGACUGUCCAGAUGGCCAAGAAAACGGAAACAAUGAAAAUAACGAGGAUACUACCGUCCCAAGUAUUGAUAGUCAUGCUGCUGGUGAUCAAUCGCCUGAUUUUAAAUUUCCGACGUCUGCUAACAUCGAUAAGUUGGUGCUGGAGACUCUGGGAGUCAUCGGCGGCCUUGUUGACAAUGAGCAAGAACCUCCACCGUCGAUGCUCAAACUCCACGCGAUUGCUGACAAAGAGGAAGGAUGGCUCCAAGUCGCUAGUUCUAUGGUCAAUGUUAUUCCAAUGCAUAGUCCUUUAGGUGCUUCAGUUAUUACUUUACUUCUUGAUGAUUGUCCGUUACCGUCUAAGGAAACUGUAUUGAAGUUGUCUCACAUGUUUCAAGUUUCUCAAAAGACUGGAAAAGUACAAACGAGCAUAACACAGCAGAGAAAUAUCUGUGUUGUACUUGGUUGUAUUGCUGAAAAAUUGGCAGGACCCAGUAGUAUAGCCUUAUUGUCAAAAGCAACCUUAGACUACCUCGUAUCGAAUCUUAGAGAUGUGGAACCUUAUGUGGUACUAUACUCAUUAAUAGCUUUGGAAAAAUUCGCCCAGACCAGCGAAAAUAAAGUAACUAUACAGAGAAGACUUAUGGAGGAAAAAGAACACCCUUUAUUAGCUUUAGAAAAAUGGGCCGAUGAGACUCAUUAUGUACGUCUUUUGAUAGAAGGAAGAAAAUAUUCUCAUGAUACUGUCGACUUGACUGGCAUAAAUGUGAUGUUAAACACAAAGGAUGUAAGCGAGUACCUGAAAAUAUCACCAAAUGGUUUAGAAGCACGCUGUGAUGCCUACUCAUUUGAAAGUGUUCGUUGUACUUUUCAAGUUGAUUCUGGAGUUUGGUAUUAUGAAACUCUUAUUAUGACUACCGGAGUUAUGCAAAUUGGAUGGGCAACUAAGAAUAGUAGUUUUUUGAAUCAUGAAGGAUAUGGUAUUGGUGACGAUUCAUAUUCAUUAUCGUGCGAUGGAUGUCGUAGACUGAUUUGGUAUAACGCUCGUAGCGAAAAAUUUCACGACCGACCACCUUGGAAGGCCGGCGAUGUCCUUGGUUGCCUACUCGAUUUAAAUAAAUUAGAAAUAAUAUUUUAUACCAAUGGUGUUCCUUUGAAACCGUGCGUCCAAGUAUUUAAAACAGCUAGGACUGGGUUCUUUGCGGCUGCUAGUUUUAUGUCUUUCCAACAAUGUUUGUUUAACUUCGGCAACGUGCCUUUCAAAUAUCCACCAGCCGACAGGGAGUUUAUGAAGUUCAAUGAUCAUGCGACUUUGAAACCAGAGGAUAAAGUUGUUCUCCCACGGCAUAUUUAUCUUAAUCAAUUGAGGAAAUUAAGUGUUAGAGAAGAUUCCUGUACCUUGUGUUAUGAUCAAAAAGCUUCGGUCAGGCUGUUACCCUGCGAGCAUCGAGGAUUUUGUCAAACAUGCCCGAUGCAACUUGUUGAAUGUCCCAUGUGUAGAGCAACCAUUGAAGAAGUCGCUGUUGAAUUGGACAGUGUAUGA